UGGCUUGGAGCCAGGACAGCCCUUAAGAGUAACUGAACCGGGGGGGGGGCAUGACCAUGGCACUCUGCAGCAACAUGGUGUAGGAGGUCUGUGCACCCACCAAGAGAUGGUGCAUACCUGAUCCUGUGGUAUGCUUGCCUGCUGUGCCCGCUGGUGUUGCCGAUGACCCGGUCCGGCCCGAUGACCCGGUCCGGCCCGAUGACCCGGUCCAGCCCGAUGACCCGAUCCAGCCCGCUGGUCCGGCUUGGUACCUCGGUGCCCACUGUGGAGCCAGUUGACUCGGUGCCCGCUGUCGUGCCAGAUGACUCAGAGCCCGCUGCCGAGCUUGGUGACUCUGUGCCCGCUGUCAAGCUUGGUGAC